AUGUCCUUCUCUCUCCAGGCACCUCCUCCUCAUCGUACCGAGACGAGCGCCUUCGACGACUCCGAUGCAGAUACGGCGUCCCAACGCUCCAUUUCCCUGUCGUCGCCCGCACAUUCCCCUCGACAGUCUACAUCUUUUCCAUCUAGCACAUCUACGAAACGGGCAUCCGAGCCGCACACGCUGGACACGGACCUCAGCUCAGAAGCCGAUGAUCUGAGCUUGUACAAUCGUCGGGAGAGCCCUUCUACAUCCGUGGCGCCUUCGAUUUACGACGACACCUCCGCGCUCCCCACGUACCCUCCUUCGCUCCCCGGAGACACAGACUCCAUUGCUUCGACGUCUUCACGGAAGGCUAGGCCAGAGUCCUUGCUUAUGAACUUGUCAGCGCCGUUGGUUCUGGGAGUUGCCCUUGUUGAUUUCAAUCAUCUGGUUGGUCCCAGAAUCGAAUGGUUCAAGGGAGAGAUAUUUGAGGACGAAGAAGUAGUGAAGAUACUUCCUUUCCUAGCGUUGCCAGAUGGUGCCCAUUUGAGUGCCGAGGACUACUCCUACUUUCACCUGGUCCCGUCAGGCAGAAAGCCAACGACUGUUUUCGGCAUUUCAUGUAACCAGCAAAUUGCUGCGUCUGCGUUGCUAGUGAAGACCCCGGAUGUCACGCGCUCAACUGUCCAGAAAGCUGUCGUUGUUCUCGCUUCCAAACCCGUGUUCGGGCCCAUUCGGGAUAAACUGGGUGUAAUCACGUCAGCUCUGUUUGCUCAGAGAGAUUUCAGUCAGACGGACAUAUUGGACGACUUCCAUUCUUCCCUCGAGGCGCCGCUACGGUCACAGUUGACGGAGAGCGGGUUCUAUAUAGGUACCAACCUACGGGAACUGGUAAGGACAUUUCGACAGAAGGUUCUCAUCCUCGUCAAAGCGUUGAUGCUUCAGUCACGAGUCAUGUUCUAUGGCCAUCCAGUUGAAAGGUUAUGCACCUAUCAAUACUCACUCGUUGCUCUAUUCCCAGGCCUACUACAGACUCUCGACGACUGUGGUUCGCCACCUUUAGCCGAUCGCGCACCAACAUUGACAAGACCCAACUCACUGAAGACUUCUGAUCACAAGAGCAUGAUGGCAUAUAUGGGUUUACCGCUCGAUCUUUUUGGUAAAGACGCGAUUUUCCAGCCGUAUCUUCCGCUACAGCAGUUGGACAUGUUGAGAGAGACCAAGAGUUGGCUUUGUGGAUCAACUAAUUCCAUCGUUACUCAACAGAAGGAGGUCGAUCUCCUUGUUAAUACGGAAACGGGGAUAUUUGAAUUCAGGAAUCCGAACUUGGAGCGGGCUGUUUCCUUGACGGCGGCUGACCGCAAGUGGAUGGAUUCAAUUGUGAAGGAUGUUAAUGAGGGUUGGGACGAUGGAGACCCUAAUAAACCUGCCAGCAUACGAUUCAAAGGCAGCGACGAUUACUUGCGGAGCAAGUUCGAGGAGUAUAUUUCCGCCGCUCUGUCGUCUGUUCGAUAUGGCGACUUCAUGGCUAAAGGAGAGGGCAAUGGAGUCAUUAUAACGGGCGGCAUUGGCGAUCCAAAGGCUACUGAUGAUUUCAAUCCGCUGUGGAUAUCCGAAUUCAAGAAGACUAAUGCUUUCGAAGUGUGGGAUAGAGUCACGGAUCCUAUGUUAUUCGAUAUCAUAGAGCCCAGACAUCCAUGCAACGAGAAGCCGACGGUGGUGUCAGACCUAGGUCUACGUCUUCAAGAAGGCAUUCAGGAUCUCAAACUCGACCAGCAGCUAGCGCCCGCCCGCGACGCUGUGGCUCGAACUUUCGUUGCUGGGUCAACGGGUUUCUUCAAAGCCGUGGAAGGUGUCCGCGGACGAUGGCAACAGGGCAGUCCGAGCUCUACAUCACUUGUCGAUGAAUCCAAACAGCCUCGCGCAAGCGCAUCUAUUGACGUACCUAAGGCGGCUGAGGAGAUACAGUCACCUGAAGCCACCCCGAGACCUCCGACUAUGGCGAAACGGGCUUCCAAUGCUUCGACGAACUCCCAGUCAAGUCAGAAUUCGGCAUCGAGUACACAAUCGGAUCCGAAUGCCCCUCGAGCAUCGUUCGCGUCUUGGGGAUCCGGGCUCGGCUCGUUCAUCUCGUCGAGGACUUCGAGGUUUUCCUUUGCCCGGGCUCCUACCGAGCCUGCACCAGCGCCUGCACCAGCGCCGACCUCACCUCCCGAAGUUACGUAUCCCACACGACGCGACUCCCUACCUCAGUCUUCAUCGCCACCUCCGCCUCUUCCACCUCUCCCUGUAACUCAACCCACAAAACCCAUACUCUCUCCUCCCAAUCCGCACAAUACGUUUGAACCUACCCUCUCGCCGGUACCUGAUAUCCAGUCACCCGAUGGCAUUGGCCUCGCAUCAUGA